CCUGCUUGUCACACAAUACCAGAAAAAAAAAAAAUCAUAUCUCUCUCUCUCCCUCUCUCAAAUCAAAUCUUCUGCAGAAAGUUUAUAAGACUUGAAGGUAAUUUUAUCGAGAUUGAUGCUUCGGUGUUUUUAGUUUGCAAGGUUCCUACUAAUACUCUGAAUUCAAAACAGAGUUCAGACAGGACCAAAGAGAAGCAAAACGACAUAGCAGAAGUCUCUUUGUCUGUGAAGAAAAGCGAGAUGGGCCAUAAGGUGCAGAGACCCAAACAAACUGAACAAAAUGCCCAAACCAACAAGCCCAUGAACUCACAACGGUCAUCUCAGUCUCUGCAUAACGACAAAAACAGAGCUGAUUCUGUCUGUCUGUUUUGAAUUCAGAGAAGCAAAAUGAAUUUGUGGUAUAUCGUUGUUGGAAUCGUCUUCUUUGCAUCUAUACUCAUUGCAAAGAACACAAGAAAGACAAAGCAAAAUCUACCUCCUGGACCACCAAGACUUCCUAUAAUUGGCAACUUGCACCAAUUGGGAUCGCAACCUCAUCGUUCGAUGUUCAAAUUAUCUGAAAAGUAUGGAUCUCUAAUGUCACUCAAGUUUGGAAACGUAUCCACCGUUGUGGCGUCAACUCCAGAGACAGUGAAGGAUGUUUUGAAGACGUACGACAUUGAUUGUUGUUCACGACCUUACAUGACUUACGCUGCAAGAAUCACAUACAAUUUAAAGGAUCUCGGCUUUGCACCAUAUAGCAAAUAUUGGAGGGAAGUACGAAAGCUGACGGUUGCUGAACUCUACAACGCCAAAAGAGUACAAUCAUUUCGACAUGUAAGAGAACAAGAAGCGGCCAAAUUCAUUGACUUCAUCAAACAAUCUGCUUCAUUGGCGAAUCCAGUUAACUUGAACCAGAAGUUAAUGAAACUAUCAGGAAGUGUGAUUUGCAGAGUUGGAUUUGGGAUCAGUCUUGAAGGGAGCAAACUUGAGAAUACUUAUGAAGAAGUCAUUCAAGGAGUCAUGGAGGUUACGGGGAGUUUCGCAGCAGCAGAUUAUUUCCCGGUUAUUGGUAAAUUGAUCGAUAGGCUCACAGGGUUACAUAGCAAAUGUGAGAAGGUUUUUAAAGCAAUGGAUUCAUUUUUCGAUCAAGCUAUAAAACAUCAUUUAGAGGAUGAGAGUAUUAAAGAUGAUAUCAUUGACAUGCUCCUCAAAAUUGAAAGGGGAGAGAUUGGACUUGGAGAGUUUCAAUUUACACGAAACAACACCAAAGGAAUUCUUCUGAAUAUUCUUGCUGCUGGAAUAGACACUUCUGCUCAAACUGUGACAUGGGUAAUGACACAUUUGAUUGCAAACCCAAGAGUUAUGAAGAAAGCGCAAGCCGAGGUGAGACAAGUGAUCAAAAACAAAGAUGAUAUCACAGAAGAAGAUAUCGAACGACUCGAGUAUCUGAAAAUGGUGAUCAAAGAAUCUUUUAGGAUGAACCCAAUUGUGCCACUUCUAAUACCAAGAGAGGCUUCAAAAGAUGUAAAGAUCGCAGGUUAUGAUAUUCCAAAGAAAACAUGGAUCCAUGUCAACAUUUGGGCUGUUCAUAGGAAUCCAAACGUUUGGAAGGACCCGGAAACUUUCAUCCCCGAGAGGUUUAUGGACGGUGAGAUUGACUAUAAAGGUCUAAACUUUGAGUUGUUGCCGUUUGGUAGUGGAAGGAGGAUGUGCCCUGGUCUAGGAAUGGGUAUGGCUUUGGUACACUUGACUCUUAUCAAUCUUCUUUAUCGAUUCGACUGGAAACUUCCAGAAGGAAUGAAGGUAGAAGAUGUUGAUCUUGAAGAAGCAUAUGGACUUGUAUGUCCCAAGAAAGUUUCACUUGAGCUUAUCCCGGUUCUUACCCAAUGGACUUGACUUUAAUUUAUAUUUUCAUAUUUCAACAUGUAACCUUUCGAAGUAUAUUGAGGGUCUAUAUAUAUAUAUAUAUAUAUAUAUAUAUAUCGAUAAGGAAAUGGUUUGAUGA